AUGCUAUCAGACUUUGAGAAGAGGUUCCGGAAGUACACAGACCCAAACAAGGUCCUGAACUCCAUUAACCAGCUAUCAGAAGCUCGUUUGGGGAUCGAGAAACUGAACUCCGAAUUCAGAAGGUUGUGGAAGAUGAUGCCCCCGGACCACUGGACUGAAAAAGGGGCUAUGGCUAUAUAUAUGCGUUUGUUCAACCAAAAUACGUACCAUCUAGUCCUGAUCCACAGUCCUCAGUCCCUAACUAAGAUGAUGGAUGCGGCAUAUGAGACGAUUGCCAUCACUGGUCGUUUCGCAGAACCUUCUAGACUAGAUGCACCUCGUUAUGAUAACGAUGGUGACUACCUCAUGGCAGCUAUCCAAUCUAGAACCAAAAACCCUAGCGCCCGAACCAUUAGAAAUGCCACUAGGGAAGACUGCCGACGCUUGAACCUCUGUUUCUACUGCAAGAAACCUGGUCAUAGACUGAGUGAAUGCAAAAAGAGGUUAGCUAGAAACAAUGCGAGUUCUAGCAACAAUGCGGUUCUCGAUCAAUCUAAGAAAUCCGACGAGGUUUAUAACUCCUCUAAAACGUUAUAUCCGAUCAUUAAUACUAUCCUGAAUCCUGUUGUGGGAACAACAUUAACCACGCAGCUAACUGUCCAAGGUACACAAUUAAAUGUCCUAUUAGACAGUGGUUCCCCAACAUCCUUUAUCCGUAAAGAUAUUGUCCAAAAGCUUAAGCUACCAUAUCACGAAGCAUCACCGUUUAGCUUUAAAGGGUUCACUUCCAAUGAAAUAAAACACACAUCUCUGGCCGCACAAAUUCCCGUAUCUACAACAAAUCAAGUUAUUACUAUCUGGGCGUACAUCAUGAACCAUAUGGAACAUGAUCUAUUAAUUGGAAACCCAAUAUUGGACAAGUAUCCAACCCUGAAAGAAGGACCAAGGAUAGAAUCCGCUGAAUCUGCUGAAUCCGUUAAAUCUCUGAAAUCUCUGAAAUCCGUUAAAUCUGCUAAAUUCGUUAAAUCUGAAUCUCUGAAAUCCGUUAAAUCUGCUAAAUUCGUUAAAUCCGAAUCUCUGAAAUCUGAACCUCUGAAAUCUGAACCUCUGACAUCUGAAUCCCUGAAAACCGCUAAAGAAGCGAAGUCUGAAAUGCUGGAAUGUAUUAAUCCUGAACCAGCAGAAAUCCUGAAACCGGUUGAGUCUAUUAUGGCCCGUCAAUCUGAAAUAGCAGAAGAGGCUCAAGAACAACACCUCAGCACAAUAUCCGAACCCAACCUCGAUAAUGCUAUACUAAACAACCCUGGCUUGAUUAGUGAUAUAGAAACAGCCACCAUGAUGGUAUGCAUCAAGAAAGUAUCUCAAUCUGAAGACAUGACUCUUUUAACAAGUUGCCCAAUGUCUUAA